AUGCAUGCUUGGAGGAAGCAUAAAGGAAACAAGAAUCCAGUUUGGGAAGAGCUUCCUGUACCCUCGACCCCAGCCACAGGUUUGCUGGUCAAGCUACUAGCAUCGGGGGUUUGUCACAGCGAUCAACCCCUUCUAGAUGUCGAAGACCGACCGCAAUUUAACGAGAAGUAUAUUCUUGGCCACGAAGGAUGCGGUGAAAUUGUUGAUAUAGGCGAAGGAGUCGAAGAUAAAAGAUUCAAAUUGGGAGACCGAAUCGCUCUUCUAUCUGUCCCCGGAUGUGGCUUAAGCACCUGCACCGAAUGCUCCAGGGAUCUGGCCCAGUUAUGUCCAGAUGGUAUGCACCAUGGCAUCGGUCAAGACGGAUUUUAUGCCGAAUAUGUCGCGAUUGAUGUUCGCUCCGCGAUUCCAUUGCCAGAUGGCGUUGAACCGGCAGUUGCUGCCGUCGCUACUGAUGCUGUAACCACGGCUUAUCAUGGAAUUACUCGCCGUGCUGAGGUCAAGAAGGAAGAAACCGUGUUCCUUUUCGGUCUUGGUGGGCUUGGCUUCAAUGCGCUCCAGAUUGUGCGAUCCAUCGGUGCCAGAGUCAUUGUGUCUGACAUACGCCAGGAGAAGCUAGAUGCUGCUCUAGAGUUAGGUGUUCCAUCAGAGGAUAUCGUUCCUGUUGGGAAGUCUGUGCAAGAAUUCGUCAAGGAACAUGGUUUGCAGGGGAAGAUUGAUACUAUAUUGGAGUUUGUGGGCGGUCCUCAGACAUUCCAGGAUGCGCAAGAGAUAGUUCGUCCUGCCGGCAAGAUCCUGUGUGUUGGGACCCUUGCCCGCGUUAAUGAUUUGGACAUGAAGAUUGGCAUUCGGAAGAGACUCAGCAUUAUCUUCACUUAUGGUGGACAGUACAGAGAUUUGGUCGACGUGCUUGACUUGAUUGCCAAGGGAGUCAUUAAGCCUCAGGUGGAACUGGGCAAGUUGCAGGAUUUCCCCAGGGUUCUUAAGGAAUUAGGAGAGGGUAAGAUCAAGGAUCGGAUAGCUUUGGUGUCAGAUCUUGUAUAA